ACCAGCAAACAUUUCAUUGAUUUUCCUCUGCUUUUGAAACCAGUUUCAAGAGAAAAAAAAACUAUUUACUUUUUUUUUCAUAUAUAUAUUGAAGAUAUAUUGUUUUUUUUUUCCUUUUCUCUUCAGUUUCAUCCAUGGAUACUGCUCAAUGGCCAAAGGAGAUUGUGGUGAAACCGAUAGAAGAGAUAGUCACAAAUUCAUGUUCAAAGCCUGCGGCUUUGCAGAGGAAAGUAAGGCCUCAAAAGGAACAAGCUUUGAACUGUCCCAGGUGCAAUUCAAUAAACACCAAGUUCUGCUACUACAACAACUACAGUCUCACACAGCCCAGGUACUUUUGCAAGACUUGUAGAAGGUACUGGACUGAAGGCGGUUCCCUCAGAAAUAUUCCUGUUGGAGGUGGUUCAAGAAAGAACAAGAGAUCAGCUUCUUCUUCUUCUUCAUCAUCAUCAUCCAAAAGGCUUCCUGAUCUGGUUACACCACCAAGCUUGUUACAGUCUUCUACUCAAAACCCUAAGAUCCAUGAUGGGCAAGAUCUCAAACUAGCUUUCCCAGCUACUCAAGGUUACAGAAGUAUUUCUGAAUUGGUUCAAGUUCCCAAUAUCGUAGAAAACAAUAAGAACCAAAUCCCUUCUUCUUCAUCCCCUACAUCGCAACUUUCAGCUUUGGAGUUGAUUACUGGAAUCUCUUCUAGGGGGUUGAGUUCUUUCAUUCCCAUGCCAGUUCCUGAUCCAAAUACUGUUUAUACGUCUGGGUUUCCUAUGCAGGAGUUUAAACCAACACUAAAUUUCUCUCUGGAUGGGCUUGGGAGUGGUUAUAGGAGUCUCCAGGGGGUUCAAGAGUCAACUGGGAGGCUUUUGUUUCCAUUUGAAGAUCUGAAGCACGUCUCAAGCACAACUGAUAUUGAGCAAAAUAAAGAAAAAGGAGAUUCAGCUGGAUAUUGGACUGGAAUGUUAGGUGGAGGAUCAUGGUAAAGAAGAUGAAGAGUAAUAUGGGUCUUUUUUCUUUUUUUUUGUCCUGGAUUUUCUUUUUAACUUUUUAUUAAUUUGUUAAGGUGGGUGACUUGUAUGGAUUUCUUCAUCACUAACAGAUAGGAAUACAUGGGCUUCUUUUCUCUAUACAUGAGCCUUCUUUUUUUUUUCUCCUUAAUUAUCUUCUUUACUAUUCAAUUAUGGUGGGAAUUUGAAGCUAUUUUUUAGGUUGGCUUCACUAAGGGUGACGUGGGAUAUGUGUUAUGGUAGAAGAAGAGAUCAAGCUAAGCCUAGAUACUUAUUAGGGUAAAAAUGUAGCGACGAGAGGCAUGCCCCUACGGCCUUUAUUACAGGUUGAUAUCUCCUUUCAUGAGAGCAGAAGGACAACCCUAUGCAUUAUUGGUUGGCUUGGCACAAGUACAAAAAAUAAUUUAUAAUGUUCAACUUUGUUAAGGAAUUCCUGGUUGGAAAAAGACUUUGUUCAUAAAGUUUCUAAUUUCGAUUUAGCAAACAAAUUGUUGUUAAUAAUCUUGAAUCUCUACUUGGUUGCUGCAUUGGGAGUUUUAAAUUCUCUU